CAGUGACGUAAGUGUUUGCCUUAAGAUGAGACAGCAGGGCGAAACUUGGUUGACGUAGCACAGCAACAUCGUAUCAAAGUUGAUUAGCUAAAAUUUAGACGAAUUCGGGACCUUUUUGCUUAACGAUUACAUUAUAUAUAACUGUCGACAGAAGUAGAUAUAUAUUAUAUAUUUUUAUUUUUGAUUCUGACAGUCUUUAACGCAUGACGCGCGUAAUGAAGCGCUCGUGAUCAGCUGAUGCGAAGUUUUUUUGCCUUUGUAAUAAAUAUAAAAGCACCUUGUGGUUCUCCAGAAGAGCACAACGUCUUAAUAUUUGAAAACACGGAGUUCUUAUUAUUAAGCCGGUAAGAAGAUUAAAGUCAUGACGGGUAGAGAGGACGAGUAUGACUAUCUCUUUAAAGUGGUUCUGAUUGGAGAUUCUGGUGUGGGCAAGAGUAACCUGCUCUCUCGCUUCACCCGCAAUGAGUUCAACCUGGAGAGCAAGAGCACCAUCGGAGUGGAGUUUGCCACACGCAGUAUCCAUGUGGAGGGCAAGACCGUCAAGGCCCAGAUCUGGGAUACGGCUGGACAGGAGAGAUACAGGGCCAUCACAUCAGCGUAUUACAGAGGUGCCGUAGGAGCCCUGCUGGUGUAUGACAUCGCCAAGCAUCUGACCUAUGAGAACGCUGAGCGCUGGCUGAAGGAACUGCAGGAUCAUGCUGACAGCAAUAUUGUCAUCAUGUUAGUAGGGAACAAAAGCGACCUGCGCCAUCUGAGGGCUGUUCCUAUGGAUGAAGCCAAAGCGUUUGCAGAGAAGCAUGGACUUUCUUUCCUGGAGACCUCAGCGCUGGACUCUUCUAAUGUUGAACUUGCAUUUCAGACCAUUCUUACAGAAAUCUACCGUAUCGUGUCCCAGAGGCAGAUGUCAGGGCGUGGCGAUGACAGCUUCUCCCCCAGUGGUUCCAAAGUGGUUCCCAUUACUGUACAGCCCACACAGAAUUCUGGCAAGCAGGGUGCCUGCUGUCAGAAUAACUGAUCUGCCACAGCGCCACCAUGGGAUCUGGGGAAAAUCGACAACUUUGCUGGGCCGGGCUGCAAGGUUGACCGUGACCGUCCGACUGCGUUGUAUUCCCUUCGCGUGGUGUGGUUAAUAUAUGUAACGGACUUACUUGGUUAUGCCCAGAAUCAGUGAGUAAUAAUCUUCAAAAUUGGACAAUAAGGGAUGUUGAAAUUGAAUGGAUCAAACAUUUUCUCAGAACUAAGAGGCCACGCUUCUUGUUUCAGACUAAUUAGAAAUGAGCAGUUAGCUGGGGCGCUCAGACGUGGCUACUUUUUUCACUUUUUGUCACAGACAGUCUCCAUACAAACAAUGGGCUGGAAGAACGAAAAAAAGUGCAAAAUGUGUAAUGCUACCUGUAAAUAACUCUUGAAUGGUUUCUGAUCACAAUGGGGAUUCACUAGUGAAAUUAAUAUAUUUUUUCUUUUAGUGUGCCACCACAGAAGUAGUCUGACAACUUUUCCAUGCAUCUCUACUCCAGAGAAUAUGGUCAUCAUAUCCGCCUGUUCAGUCAAUUCUUACACAGACGCUGCUGUAACGGCUCUUUUGUAUUUAUUGAAUGCAAAUAUGAUCUUAUACUGUGGUAUCUUUGCUUUCUUUUGUCAUGCUUCUGUAAAUGUUUUUUUUUUUUUAUCACUAGAUUAUUGAUCGGAAUUUCUCAAGGGUUUCUUCUUCCAGUCAUGGCACUCAUUUGUACGAGCGCUGGGAGUGUUUUCUGUGGAUCAGAGUAAUGUUGAUAGGUUAAGCUAAUAGACAGAUGUAUGUGCUGUAGUGUUUGAGUAUAAGAGAGUAUGGUGUAUUCAGAUUUAGGGUUGGGAAUUGUUAUCUGGUUCUGAAAAAACAAAACUUACCAAAUUAUUUUCAUGCAGCCUGUUAUCAAUUUUUGAAUGUAUGCAUUCCUCUGCGUCGGCAUAAUAAAAUAUGCAGAAAAUAUACAAUACACGCACCUGAGCUGCAUUAAACAUGUCUGAUGGCAUGGAGAUCAUUGUGCAUCUUAUUUCAUGUCAAUUGUGAAUUUAAAAUCCGCAAUAAACUUUCAGGCACAUGAUUUUUGUUUCCCACUUAAAAAGUUUGGAAACUCA